CCAACACUUUUUCUAAAUUAUUAACAAUUUCUUUAUUUUAGUUUUACCAAAAACAAAAUUUCUUUAUUUUAGCGAUUUUUUUCGUUCUUGUUCACACUAGCCCCCCAAUAAAACCAGUUCACUGUUGAACCAGCUAAAACCGGACGAGUGAAAGCGUUCACUGUGUGUUUCUGACUUAACCAAAAAAGUGCCUACAAUUUCGAAAAACCUUGAUCAGUAACCGGCUACUGUAUCAAACCGCACUGUAUACAACCUGCUACUCCCGGUAAGCAUCAAAAUACAUCCCCCCAUUUAACAGCGACAAAUAUCAAAUCCUGCAUUUAGUGCUCUCUUUCAACCCUAAAAAUUAAAACGCUCCCUUUCUCAUCCCCUCCUCACGUUUUUUAACUUUUCUCUGGAUUAAUCCUUUAUUAUUGGUUUUUACUUCUUCUUUUCAAUCUCUGCUUUGGUGUGAUUACUCUGUUUUUAAUUGAUUUAUCAUAAAAUUACUGGAAAAAGAUAAAGAAAGAGAAAAACAAUGGAGUUUACGAGUUUUCAUCAGCCGUCGUUGCAAAGCAUUUGGGAUUUUGGAGAGGAGGAGAGGGAUUCGUUAGGUUUUAUGGAGUUACUAGGUUCUCAGCACCAUUCAUUCCUUCUCGAAACGCUCCAACCGCAAACGCAACCGUUUGAGAAACUGUCUUCUUCUGAUUUAACUAUUCUUCAAGCCCCACCCUCAAAUGCGACUGCUGAUAAGUAUGUGACGUCGAAAGUGGAAUCUUUGUGUUCGGAUAUAAAUCCACCGGCUACACCAAACUCCUCGUCGAUUUCUUCGGCGUCAAGCGAGGCUGUAGACGAAGACAAAGCGAAAAGAGAAGAAAAUGAGGAACAUGAACAGAAGAAGAGUGAUACUAAUAAACAGUUGAAACCAAAGAAGAAUAGCCAGAAGAGGCAGAGAGAGGCAAGAAUAGCGUUCAUGACAAAGAGUGAGGUUGAUCAUCUCGAAGAUGGUUAUCGCUGGAGAAAAUAUGGUCAAAAAGCUGUUAAAAAUAGUCCUUUUCCGAGGAGUUACUACCGUUGCACAACGGCCUCGUGUAACGUGAAAAAGAGAGUGGAGAGAUCAUUCCGAGAUCCAAGCACAGUGGUUACAACCUACGAAGGUCAACACACACACAUUAGUCCACUCACGUCUCGUCCAAUUUCCUCUGGAGGCUUCUUCUUCGGAUCAUCAGGGGUUGCUUCAAAUCUCGGUAACUUUGGGUUUCCAAUGGAGAGCUCGACACUAAUAUAUCCUCAAUUCCAACAGCUUGUCCAUUACAACCAACAACAGCAACAACAAGAACUGUUGCCUUGUUUUGGAGGAGUUGGCGAGUACGUUACUAGACAUGGUGAUGAUGAACGUGUGAAGAAGAGUCGAGGUUUGGUCAAAGAUAAUGGACUUCUUCAAGAUGUUGUCCCCUCUCAUAUGUUGAAGGAAGAGUAAUUAUAUUCCUUAAUGGUGUAGUAUUGUAAUCUAUAAGAUUUAAUAUAGGUUUUGUUUUGUAUAAUCGUCUAAAGAAACGGAUCUUUCGUUCCCAUUAGGGAGAUGUGGAUCUUUAAAACUGAAGGUAAUGUUAAGUACUGAUACUUUCCAGCAA